GACCAACCCAGCCGCUUGGUGCGCUGCUGUUGUUUCAGUCCAGCUUCCUCAAACCAGCUUCUUCCGUUGUUUUUAACAUGGCCACAACACCACGCUGGUGAGAUACUUCCCUAAGACAACUGUUUUUAAACAUUAGCACACCGAGAAUGCCAAGGAAAAAGAAACACGGUCAUAGCCCGGCAAGAGUACCCGGGUUGUCAAACGACAUCAACAACCGAAUACCGGGAACGAGUGACGGCGCUCCGCUGUCGAGAAGUGAAUUCAACACCGGGACUAACUCUCACGACUACGGUAGUACUAAUAUGCUCGUUUCGACAAACUCAGGAGACAUCUCGGCUACUUCUCAGGACAAGGACGAGAUCGUGAGGACCAUGAAGGAGAUGUUUUGCCACCUGGAUCCGGAAGUUCUUUACAUUGUGUUGGCCGAGUGUGACUUCAAAGUUGAGAAUGCGAUGGAUUCUCUCCUGGAGCUGUCUGUAGCAGCUGAGCGUGUUGGCCCCCUCCCUCCCCUCCUCUCCGGGUUUGAGCUUACCGCAGCUCUCCUCAGCCCCCAACACAACUCCUCCGAACCAGACCUUCACCCCCACCCUCCUACGGGGGAGUCAGCUGUCCCCCUCUCCCCUCCCCGACGGGCCCCUCCUCUCCGCAGCGAAGAUAACCAGGACCUGACCACUGACUUGACAGAAGAGUUUGAUGUUCUGAUCGACCGUGAGCUGGAGAAUCUUACCAUACAGCAGGAAGCUGGAGAGAGGGACCACGGUGAUCUUCACUCCUCCUCUUCCUCAUCCGUCUCUUCCCUCUCCUUCCUCGUUCAGCCCCCGGGCGCCCAGCAGCAGGCCCUGCCACAGCCGCUCCAGUCCAGCCCAAGAGCCUCAGCCUCCAGGAGGGGGCUCCCAGGGGACCAGCCAUGCCCAGACAGGGUGUUCUCAGCUGGGCAGGCUAGCGGACCUCACUCCCCUGUCUCUGACCUGAGUCUCAACUUCUCUGGAGGAGCAGCCGGUUACCGGCGGCAACGGUCAACACUGGAUUUCAGUCAUCUGACUUCAUCGCCAUCCGAGACGGACAGAACAAAACCCAGCCUGCUUUUGGACCCAGGGGCCGCCGAUCGCCCCUCUGCAUUCCAGGCAUACAGGAAACUGGACCAGUUCACUGUUCAUCCAGAGGGCGAGCGGACCGUACCACCAGGUGGCGUAGUAAGGGGGCGGGGACGAAGACGAGCGUCGCAGGAGAAGAAGAGCGACUCAACAACCCGCCGUUCUGGAAUACUCGGCGCCGGAGUUCCAGCCGCAUGUCCGCGGAAAUCAGGCAACGGGGCCGGCAUUUAUCGUCCCUGUAGCGCUAAGCCCCUCCUCCUGGCACACCCGAGCCACACCCGCCUCCCACUGGUUGGCCCAGGGCCCUGUCGGUCAAGCCGCAACCGUACCCAGGUCUUGGACAGGGGUGUGUCUGCUGGCCCCAGAGCACCCCUCCUCUCUGGGCAACAUGGUAGGCUCCGGCUGGAGGGCGUGUCCUAG